AUUCCUGCCAGGCUUCUGUGACUAGAUUUUAACAACAUACCAGAAGAAUCCAAGCCAGUAUUAAAGAAUUAUUUAAGAAGUGUGUGUACUCCUGCUGCUUAGAGGAUUCCAUUUAUUGUCACAGGUCACUUUAUAUGACCAAAUGGUGAAGUUAAUUUGCACUUUGACGGAUCACAGUGAUGAUGUCAACUACUGUGCCUUCUCUUCUUCUUACUUGGCUACAUGUUCCCUGGAUAAAUCUAUCCGUCUGUAUUCUUUAAGCAGUUUUGAUGAGCUUCCUUACUCACCACUAAGAGGCCACACAUAUGCUGUUCACUGCUGCUGCUUCUCUCCUUUUGGAAACCUUUUAGCUUCAUGUUCUACAGAUGGCAACAUAGUUCUGUGGGAAACUCACAAUGGACUGAAACUGGCAGUGUUGGAGCACCCCUGUAGGCAUCCUGUAAGAAUUUGUCGAUUUUCCCCUAAUUCCACGUACUUGGCUUCAGGAGCUGCUGAUGGAAGUGUAAAUCUUUGGAAUGUUCAGUCUUUUAAAGUGUACCGAUCUGGCAGUGUUAAAGAUGGCUCUUUGGUAGCCUGUGCAUUUGCUCCUGAUGCAAGUUUCUUUGUGACUGGAUCAUCAUGUGGAGAUUUAACUGUUUGGGAUGAGACAAUGAAGUGCUUGUAUAAUGAGAAAGCUCAUGAUCUUGGAGUCACCUGCUGUGACUUAUCUUCAAAGCUGGCUUCUGGUAAUAAGCAAGAUGUUAAGUAUUUCCUAAUGGCAUCUUCUGGUCAGGACAGCACAAUUAAGAUAUGGCUUAUUUCACUCGCUGAUCAUACAGGCCUUGAACUGAAAUGUAAAUAUACGUUAAAAGAACACACUGCCCCAGUUCUGGCUUGUGCAUUUUCCUGUGAUGGGCAGAUAUUAGUCUCUGGAUCUGUGGACAAAAGAGUAAUGAUUUUUGAAACGAACACUGGGAACAUCUUACACAUUUUGACUCAGCAUACCAGAUAUGUUACAACUUGUGCCUUUGCACCAGAUAUGCCACUAUUUGCUACGGGAUCAAUGGAUAAAUCUGUGAACAUCUGGCAGUUUGAACCAAAGCAACUUCUGAAAGAAAGGUCAGCAAUAGAGGAGCCAAAGAUAUUUGCAGAUCGCUGGUCAGAAGAAGAGGUUUCAUCUUGGCUAUGCACACAUGGCUUACAAGACGUAGUUGAGAUUUUCAAAAGGAACAACAUCGAUGGGAAAGAACUUCUUAGUCUUACAAAAGAGAGCUUGGCUGAUGAUUUAAAAAUUGAAUCGCUAGGUCUUCGCAGUAAAGUAUUGCGUAGCAUUGAGGAGCUGAGGACUGAAAUGAAAACUGCCUGUUUGGGUAUCCCUGAUGAAUUCCUAUGUCCCAUAACAAGGGAGCUUAUGAGAGAGCCAGUCAUUGCUGCAGAUGGCUAUUCCUAUGAGAAGGAAGCAAUGGAGAAGUGGAUCACUGAAAAAAGGCAUUCCAGUCCCAUGACAAAUCUCCCUCUUCAGAGACUUAUACUUACCCCAAACAGAACUUUGAAAAUGGCUAUCAAUCGCUGGUUAGAAACUCAGCCAAAAUAUAAUGAAAAGCAGUCUCCCUAAACAGUAUGGUUGUUCUUUCAAAUAAGUGGGAAUGAAGCUGAAGGUAGGUGAAUACAACAGUAAACAUCUUGGUGCUGUUGCUUCUCACUGUACCUCUGUAUAAAGUCAGCCCCUUGAUUUAAUCUGAUCAAAAUUGCUAUCUAACAUGAUUUAUACUUGCACCUAUAAGUUAUGUUUUUAUGUUAAGCAUGAUCAAGUUAAAGUUGAAAUUUUAUAUAUUUAUCUAGUAACUUCCAUUGAUACUUAAUGACAUGCAUGUGGGACAUCCACAUGCAAAGCAUUGCAUGUCCCAUUAAUUUCAGUAGGAGAGCCAAGCAUAUGCUGGAUUAUGUUCAAUAAUAAAUUAAAUGAAUUUAGAAAUUA